AUUUUAUAGAAAAAUCAAUCGAUAUGUAAAAAUAAAAUUAGUUAUAAAAUUUAAUUAUAAUCAAUAAUUUUUGUGAAUAAAAAAUUGUAUAUGUACAUAAUAAAUUGAAAUUAGUGUAAAUUUAAAAGAAAAAUUCUCUAUAUCAAAUAACUUUCAAUUAUAAUUUCUUAAUUCAAGAAUAAGAUUAUGAAUAAUUUUUUUUUUUUUUUUUUAAAUAUUCAGCGUAAUAUUUUUUAUGAUAACAUAAAAAAGCCAUUAGGCACUUAAUGCAAAAUAACGUGUAAAUAAAGUGCUUUGUCAGAAAACUGGUCUAUUACUAACAAAAACUUGAAGGGAAGUGAUCUCUGAUAAAGAAUGCUGUUAGUUCAUAGCAGGAGUUCGACACCCUAGAGUUGAUGGUGGGAAAAAUAGUUUAUAAAAGCUUCUGAUAUGAGAUUUCUUUCUUCACUUAUAAUUCAACUUUGAUUUCAAGUUCCAUUGCAAAAAAAUUUCGAAAAAAUACUGUGCAAAAAAAAGGAAUAAUUUUCACUAACGAGAAGAUAAAAGUUUUUUUUAUCAUGAUCAAAGUUAUCAUGUAUAUUCUAACGAUUACAUUAUUUUGUAAAAAUGGUGCCAAUAGUCAACUUGAAAGCGAAGAAAAUUGUGAAACACUUCAAUCGGAAAUACAUAUUGCAAAAGACGAAAAAGAUGAAACAGGAGGUUUAAUAAGAACUUGUAGUACCGAUAUUUUAGUUACAAAAUGUGAAGGUUCAUGUAAUUCUCAAGUACAGCCGAGUGUAAAAACAAGUACAGGAUUUUUAAAGGAAUGUUUCUGCUGCAGAGAAAGUUAUUUAAAGGAACGGCUUAUACUUUUAGAUCAUUGCUAUGAUGUAGAUGGAGUUCGACUUGAGGGUGAAAUUCUUGGAACAAUGGAGAUAAAAUUAAGGGAACCAGCUGAAUGUAAAUGUACCAAGUGCGGUGUCGAUGAAUGUCAAAUCACCCGGGUUAUUCACGUGUUGCAGUAUCCAGGAUGUGUUCCGAAACCGAUUCCCAGUUUUGCUUGCACUGGCCGUUGUAGUAGUUAUGUGCAGGUUUCUGGAUCAAAAAUUUGGCAAAUGGAGAGGAGUUGCAUGUGUUGUCAAGAAAGCGGUGAGAGAGAGGCGAGCGUUUCACUAUUUUGCCCGAAAGCAAAGCCAGGUGAACGUAAAUUCAGAAAGGUAGCAACAAAAGCACCUAUUGAAUGUAUGUGCCGACCAUGUACAGGAGUUGAAGAAUAUUCUAUAGUUCCACAGGAAAUUGCAGGAUUUUCUGAAGAAGGACCACUAACAACUUCUGCACAUUUCAGAAGGUCCUCGGGCUUACAAUAAAAUCAAUUAAAAAUUAUUUAUUUUUAUUAUAUGUAAUAAAUAAAAAAAUAAUAAUUUAGAUUACAUAACAGUUAAUUAAUUGAAUACACUGUAUAUUUUUAUUCAUUUCAUUAUUUGUAUUUCCGGUAUUUCAGUAAUAAAUAAAAUUAAAA